AUGUCGCGUCCACCGUCGGCUCGCCCGAAGACGUCUUCAGGCCGAGCAGCCAGUGCUGCUCGCCGUGCUGCUCCUCCCGAACAAAUGAUGGGCAAUGGAUCCAUUCCGGUUCCACGACCACCAUCCAGGAUUUCUAUAUCAAGAGCGGGCGCCCCUCCUCCAGCUGUGCCACCGUCGCGAUCCGGAAUUGGAUCCAGAAUGGGUACUCCACAACAACGACUUGGAACAGCGCAAAGAGUAGGGUCAGCGGGUGGAGAUCGUCCUGCCACCGGUAUGGCUCGUCCCCCAACUGGUCUCAACCCAACCAUUCGCCCUGUAACCCAGCAAGGUCUGAGUGGAGGAAGAGCUGUAAGCCGUCUUGGAACAGGAAGCAUGAGACAAGUUCAUGACAAAUCUUACUACAUCGGCUUGAUAAGAGCAAAAAUGAAUCAACUGACGGCAGAGAUUGGUCGACUUGAAGAAGUUUAUCAGAAGGGCUUGCGUGAUCGAAUGGAGUUGGAUGCCUAUGAGGAAAGAGCAAAGCAGAGCGCUUUAGAGCUGAAAGAAAUGCAAGGAAAACUGAUCGAUUACAACGUGAUCAUUGACAAUAUGCAUACAAAUCGCGACGUCAGCGAUUUUGAAGCAGAAGUUCGUAGAGCAAAGGAAAAUGCUGAUGAGGUAGAAACCACUGUAAAAGAAUUGUUUAACGAACGACAAGCUCGAGAACGAGAAGCUGCAGAGAUUGCUAUGGAAAUCGACGAGCAAAAACGCCUAAACCAAGCGGUCCUUGCUGGAAUGGACCCAGGCAUCCGCCAACACUACGAUGAGUGCAAGGAAAAGAGUGAAAGUUUGAGAGCGGAGGUUGACGAAAUCCAAGAUGAAGUGAAUCGUCUAAAUGAACAGAUCGAUCAGUACGAAAUGGAACUUGGGAAUUCACCAUUGAAGAAGAAAGCUGUUCAAUUGCAACAGAAUCUCAUGGAGCUUGAGAAGAAACGAAGCGCAUUGUUGAUUGAAAAGGAAGCUAAGGAAACACCACAGCAAAAGAAGCAAAAGCUCAUUGAGCAAAUGCGAGCGAGCAACGAGGAUAUCGAAAAGAUGGAAAAACAAUUGCUAAAAAUCAACGAGCAAAUCAACAUUGCGCAUGAGGAGCUGCGCGAGUUUGACUCGAGCGCAAAUGAGAAAUUGGGAUUGCAAAAUAAGGAAACUAGUGUGGAAGCGAAAAUUGUUCAAUUUGUAGCAAAGAACAACGAGAAAUACCAUGACCUCUUGGUAAAAGAAAAGGAGUACGACGACUUUCUCAGAGGCUUCGAAGAACUAAAGGAGAAUCUGACCGUCGAACUAGAUAAAUAUGGAGAUGAAAUAGUACAAAUACUGAAAAGAAUUUCUUUGAAUGUUGAACAGGCAGCAGCCCUUGAACCAAAAGUUACUGCUCUCGACAUGAACGAAUUGCUGCAAGGUAGAGCAACACUGGAGGAGCUUCGAAAUUUGUACAUCCGGUUGCAAGAAGAGUUACAAACUCUUGGAGACAUUGAAGUUCGUUUUGACAACGAAAUGGAAGCAAUGAGAACGAAAAUGGCCGAAAUGAGAGAACAAAUUGAGUCCUUCACAGACGUGGAUAAGAUUGCGGCUGAAGCCAGAGAGGAUGUUGAGAAAUUACAAGGACGUCACGAAGAGUUGAAAAGCAUAGUACCCGUGCUGGAAGAACGUCGAGUGCGAUGUGAACAACGGCUGAGAGAUUUACGCGAACAACUCAACGAUAACCCAGAAUAUGCAGCGUAUCUAUCCCAACGGAAGAAAUUAGACAUGCUGCGAGAAGAAAAUGCCAGACGGAAGGCGGAAAUUGAAGAGCGAGAAAAGGAGACGAAUUACGAACCGCUCAAAGCUGAGGUUCGAAGACUACGGGCUCUAUACAAUGAACGCCUCGUCGCAAAAUUGAAGAGAAAAUAG